CCCCCACUACCCUCUUUUCAGCACCACAGGCAAAUACUUUAAAAUUCACUCAUUGGACAUAAAGAAUUUCCUGGAAAACAAGUGGAAACACAGAGGGGAAAAGCAACUGCCAGAGCUAAGAAAGUGAAGUCCGUCGGAAAAAGAAAAGGAUUUAUCUCUGGUUUAACAGGUCUCCUUUCGACACAGCAGACUACAGAUGCGCUGAGGUGAACCUGACCAGGCAGCAAGAGCUUUUCACGGGCAAGACUGACGACUCUGAGAGGAGAUAUCACUCAAAUCAUUUCACAGAAAUUGUUUGUAAAGGCUUCCUUGGCUCAGAGUGAUAUGGCUGGCGCCCUACACAAGUUUGCACCAUGCAUUCCCUGCAUGUGGAUCUUUCUCAUGCUUUUCGACCCAAGCUUGCAAAACGGGGCUGUAGCCGGGCACAGAGAACCUAUUCCCGAUGACAGCAAAGACAACAUCACCAUCUUUACCCGGAUCUUGGACCGCCUACUGGAUGGUUAUGACAACCGACUGCGUCCCGGACUAGGAGAGAGUGUGACUGAAGUGAGGACAAACAUCUAUGUGACCAGCUUUGGACCAGUAUCUGACACCGACAUGGAGUACACGAUUGAUGUGUUCUUCCGGCAGAGUUGGCGGGAUGAGAGGCUGAAGUUUGAUGGACCUAUGCAGGUUCUUCCACUUAACAACCUGCUCGCCAGCAAGAUCUGGACCCCAGAUACUUUCUUCCACAAUGGGAAGAAGUCGGUAGCGCACAAUAUGACGACACCCAAUAAACUUCUGCGACUGGUCGACAAUGGAACACUUCUUUACACGAUGAGAUUAACCAUCCACGCUGAGUGCCCCAUGCAUCUGGAGGAUUUUCCCAUGGAUGCCCAUGCCUGCCCACUGAAGUUUGGAAGCUAUGCCUAUACCAACAACGAGGUGGUGUACAUCUGGACAGCGGAUGAUGAGAAAUCCGUUUCUGUUGCUCCGGAUGGUUCUAGACUCAACCAGUAUGAUCUGUUGGGCCAUGUCAUUGGCAAAGAGACCAUCAGAACGAGCACUGGGGAAUAUGUGGUGAUGACAACGUAUUUCCAUUUGAAAAGGAAAAUUGGCUAUUUCGUGAUCCAGACGUAUCUCCCCUGCAUAAUGACCGUCAUCCUCUCUCAGGUCUCCUUCUGGCUGAACCGAGAGUCCGUGCCGGCACGCACUGUCUUUGGUGUCACUACUGUCCUGACAAUGACCACACUGAGUAUAAGUGCCAGGAACUCACUUCCGAAGGUGGCCUACGCCACAGCUAUGGACUGGUUUAUGGCGGUCUGCUAUGCCUUUGUCUUUUCUGCCCUCAUUGAGUUUGCCACAGUCAACUACUUCACGAAACGCAGUUGGGCCUGGGAUGGUCAGAAGGAGGCCCAGGAGAUGCGGAGACGAGAGUCUGCUUCCCUCUCCAAAAAGACCAACAACACUUUCAAUAUUGUGGGAACCACUUACAGCAUGAGUGUAGCCAAAGAUCCUGGACUGACCACCAUCUCCAAGAGUGCCACGGCCACAUCCACACCAUCGCAGCCUGUCCGAGAGGUGCGACUGCCGAAAAUGGAUGGCGAGUACGUGCCGGAGGGGAGGAAGUCAUACAAUCGCGUCAGCAAAGUGGACAAGAUCUCGCGUAUCAUCUUUCCUGUACUCUUCUUCAUCUUCAACUUGGGUUAUUGGGCCACUUACGUCAACAGAAAGCCGACCAUCGCCCGGUCCAGUCCCCAAAAAUGAACAUGACUACCAAACCGCAAAAAAAAAAAAAA